AUGCUCAAGCUUGAAGCAGGCGUCAUUUUUAAGCCAGCCAACUCAAAGAAGAAGUGCAGCUGGACACAACGGGAAUUUGGCCUGUGUGUUAUCUUCCGAGUUUCGAAUGAAAAAGACGGUUUUAACCCCAGAAAUUAUUUUGGUGCUCGUCAGACAUACAGCAAAGAAAACCGCCUCCCUAUUAAUAACUACAUCAGUCAUGUCUUCAGCAUCAACGUUUCUUGGUACAUUACCCUCUUCCAUUCAGUUUUGAAUGGGGGCACAGUUUCGAAGCUCGAUUUCAGGGCAUACAAUGCGUAUACUGAGAGACAGAAAAAGCUGUUCGGUGAAUUGAGUUCUUCGGCGGUCAACACAAAUGACACGAUAUCACUUGGAAAAGUGGCAGACCAGAUCCGGAGACAUAGACAGCGGGACCAGACCAUUGCUCACGUAUCUAUCUUGGCUGGGAACAGAAAUAUCAAUGCUUGUCAAGAUACGUUGAAUCUUGUGAUUCGGCUCAUCCUGAUGGUCGAACUGGGCAGUUCAGAGAAAACUUCUGGGUUCAUGUACCCAGCGGGCUCACGGCCUCUGCCCCUCUGGGACAAGAAUUCUUUGGACAGUCUGACUGAAAAGGUGUUCCCUAUCUCACUCCAACAGUCCUGCAGUGGCAUGACAAUGACACCGGAGUUCUCUGCCUGGAGUCUUGAGAAUGUUGCUGAGAUCAAGAUUGAGUUCACCGAUAAUCUGGCGGAUCAUUUGCGUCUGACCAACAACAACAAUCAGCUAUAUAUUUUUCAUCAUGUGGCGUUCCUCGAAGCCCAGAGGCACAGCAUAAACUCCCAAGCCCCCGUUCUUCCGCAAGGACUAGCCGAAGAAACCCUCAGAACUCUAGCAAUACUAUUUCCACAAUCCGACCACUGGGCAGCACUACGCUCCAACCGGAAAAAGCAAGUUUGGUUAGAAAGGCUCUGCACGCACUCAAGCCGCGUGAUAGAUCCCCAGCUAGCUUGGUGCGGGACUCCCAGCGGAGAGAGCAGAUAUCUCUCAAACUUUUGUUUUUGGAGAGAUCGUCUACUAAUUCUAAAGGAAGAUUUUGAUCAUUCGACACCGGAUUCAUUCUCUCAGUGGCGGUAUGACCGACGGAAUGGAAUGCAAUGGCAUAACUUUUGGGUUGCCAUGGUGGUCUUGGGACUGACGGCUGUGUUUGGACUGAUAUAG